AUGGGUGUCACAAAAGAACUCAUCUCCCCCGGAAACGGUACCGAUUACCCACAGAAGGGUGAUACCGUCUUCAUUCAUUACACGGGUACUCUCGUUAAUGGCAAAAAAUUCGACUCCUCCGUCGACCGCGGCGAAGAAUUCAAAACCAAGAUCGGUACUGGACAAGUUAUCAGAGGAUGGGACGAAGGUGUCCCUCAGAUGUCCCUCGGUGAGAGAGCCAAGUUGACAAUCACUGGAGACUUUGCAUACGGCGAACGUGGAUAUCCAGGCCUCAUCCCACCCAACGCAACUUUGAUCUUCGAUGUUCAGUUGUUGGGGAUUGGCAACAAGCGCGCUUAA